AGAAAGAGUGAGAGAGAACCAGAGAGAGAGAGAGAGAGAGAGAGAGAGAGGAAGCCACAACUCUCCGCGAGGCUCCACGGGAAAAGAAGUUCGACUCACGGCCCCUCGCUUGUUGUUCGCAGCCUCUCAUCGGCCCCCGACCCCCUACGAGCAGCCACCAUGUCGGACGCUGACAAGUUCCUGUACGUGGACCGCAACCCGGUCAACAACCCGCUGGCGCAGGCGGACUGGGCCACCAAGAAGCUGGUAUGGGUUCCCUCCGAGCGCCUGGGCUUCGAGGCCGGCUCCGUGAAGGAGGAGCGCGGCGACGAGUGCGUGGUGGAGCUGGCCGACUCCGGUAAGAAGAUCAGGGUGAACAAGGACGACAUCCAGAAGAUGAACCCUCCCAAGUUCAGCAAGGUGGAGGACAUGGCGGAGCUCACCUGCCUGAACGAGGCGUCGGUGCUGCACAACCUGAAGGAGAGAUACUACUCUGGUCUCAUAUACACAUACUCCGGUCUCUUCUGUGUCGUGAUCAAUCCCUACAAGAACCUGCCCAUCUACUCGGAGGAGAUCGUUGAUAUGUACAAGGGCAAGAAGAGGCACGAGAUGCCGCCUCAUAUCUACGCCAUCACCGACACGUCUUACAGAAGCAUGAUGCAGGAUCGUGAAGACCAGUCGAUUCUCUGCACCGGAGAGUCUGGAGCUGGAAAGACGGAGAACACCAAGAAGGUCAUCCAGUAUCUGGCUCACGUGGCCUCCUCCCAUAAGACCAAGAAAGAUCAGAACAGCUUCGUCCUGACACAUGGGGAGCUGGAGAAACAACUGUUGCAGGCUAACCCCAUUCUCGAAGCCUUCGGAAAUGGCAAGACGGUCAAAAAUGACAACUCCUCCAGAUUUGGAAAAUUCAUCAGAAUCAACUUCGACGUCAACGGUUACAUCGUCGGGGCCAAUAUUGAAACUUACCUGUUGGAGAAGUCCCGUGCCAUUCGCCAGGCCAAGGACGAGAGGACCUUCCACAUCUUCUACUACCUGCUCACAGGAGCUGGAGACAAACUGCGCAAGGAACUCCUCCUGGAAAAUUACAACAACUACCGUUUCCUGUCCAACGGGAACGUGACCAUUCCCGGGCAGCAGGACAAGGAUCUGUUCACGGAGACCAUCGAGGCCAUGAAGAUCAUGAGCAUCCCGGAGGACGAGCAGAUAGGAAUGCUGAAGGUGGUGGCCUCUGUGCUGCAGAUGGGCAACUUGACCUUCAAGAAGGAGCGACACACAGACCAGGCCUCCAUGCCAGACAACACAGCUGCUCAGAAGGUUUCCCACCUCAUGGGCAUGAACGUCACAGACUUCACCCGAGCUAUCCUGUCGCCCCGGAUCAAGGUGGGCAGAGACUACGUCCAGAAGGCCCAGACCCAGGAGCAAGCAGAGUUUGCUGUGGAGGCUCUGGCCAAGGCCACGUAUGAGAGGAUGUUCCGCUGGCUCGUCAUGAGGCUCAACAAAGCGCUGGACAAGACCAAGAGACAGGGAGCCUCUUUCAUCGGCAUCCUGGAUAUUGCCGGCUUUGAGAUCUUUGAGCUGAACUCGUUCGAGCAGCUCUGCAUCAACUACACCAACGAGAAGCUGCAGCAGCUCUUCAACCACACCAUGUUCAUCCUGGAGCAGGAGGAGUACCAGAGGGAGGGCAUCGAGUGGAGCUUCAUCGACUUCGGCCUCGACCUGCAGCCCUGCAUUGACCUCAUUGAAAAACCAGCCAGUCCCCCUGGUAUUCUGGCUCUGCUGGAUGAGGAGUGCUGGUUCCCCAAGGCCACCGACAAGAGCUUUGUGGAGAAGGUCGUGCAGGAGCAGGGAACUCACCCCAAGUUCUUCAAACCCAAGAAACUGAAGGAUGAGGCUGACUUCAGUGUCAUCCAUUAUGCCGGCAAGGUGGACUACAAAGCAGGAGAAUGGCUGAUGAAGAACAUGGACCCCUUGAAUGACAACGUGGCCUCGCUGCUCAACCAGUCCACUGACAAGUUUGUCUCUGAGCUGUGGAGAGACGUGGACCGCAUCGUGGGUUUGGAUAAGGUGUCUGGCAUGUCCGAGAUGCCCGGUGCCUUCAAGACCCGUAAGGGCAUGUUCCGCACGGUGGGCCAGUUGUACAAGGAGCAGCUGUCCAAGCUCAUGGCCACGCUGAGGAACACCAACCCCAACUUUGUCCGCUGCAUCAUCCCCAACCACGAGAAGAAGGCUGGUAAACUGGACCCUCACCUGGUUCUGGACCAGCUCAGAUGUAACGGUGUCCUGGAGGGAAUCCGUAUCUGCAGACAGGGCUUUCCCAACCGCAUCGUCUUCCAGGAGUUCAGACAGAGGUAUGAAAUCCUCACUCCAAACUCCAUCCCCAAGGGCUUCAUGGAUGGAAAGCAGGCCUGUGUGCUCAUGAUUAAAAGCCUGGAGCUGGAUCCCAACCUGUACCGCAUCGGCCAGAGCAAAGUCUUCUUCAGAGCCGGUGUCCUCGCUCACCUGGAGGAGGAGAGAGACAUGAAGAUCACAGAUAUCAUCAUCAGCUUCCAGGCCUGGUGCCGAGGCUUCGUGGCCCGAAAGGCUUUUGCCAAGAGGCAGCAGCAACUGACUGCAAUGAAGGUGAUCCAAAGAAACUGUGCCGCUUAUCUCAAACUCAGGAACUGGCAGUGGUGGAGGCUCUUCACCAAGGUGAAGCCUCUGCUGCAGGUCAGCAGGCAGGAGGAGGAGAUGCUGGCAAAGGAUGACGAGCUGACUAAAGCUAAGGAAAAACAUCUGUAUGUUGAGGAGCAGCUUGUGGAGAUGGAGCAGAAACAACACCAGCUGAGUGCUGAGAAGACGGCCCUGCAGGAGCAGCUUCAAGCUGAGACGGAGCUCUGUGCCGAGGCUGAGGAGAUGAGAGCCCGUCUGGCUGCCAGGAAGCAGGAGCUAGAGGAGAUCCUCCAUGACCUGGAGGCCCGAGUGGAGGAGGAGGAGGAGCGAGCUUCCCAUCUGACAACAGAGAAAAAGAAGAUGCAGCAGAAUAUCUCAGACCUGGAGCAGCAGCUGGAUGAGGAGGAGGGGGCCAGACAGAAGCUCCAACUGGAAAAGGUCACCCUGGAGUCAAAGAUGAAAAAGAUAGAGGAUGAGGUUAUGAUUCUAGACGACCAGAACAACAAACUCAUCAAGGAGAAGAAGUUGAUGGAGGAGAGAGUCUCUGAAUUCACCACCAAUCUGGCUGAGGAGGAGGAGAAAUCCAAGAGUCUGCAGAAACUCAAGACCAAACACGAGGCCAUGAUUACAGACCUGGAGGACCGCCUGCGCAGAGAAGAGAAGCAGCGACAGGAAGUGGAGAAGAACCGACGCAAGCUGGACGGUGACUUCACUGAGGUUCAAGACCAGAUUUCCGAGCUGCAGGCCCAGAUUGCUGAGCUUCGUGCACAACUGGCCAAGAAGGAGGAGGAGCUCCAGGCUGCUCUGGCCAGGAUUGAGGAGGAGGCGGCACAGAAGAACCUGGCCCAGAAGAAGAUUCGCGAGUUGGAGGCCCAGCUCUCUGAGCUCCAGGAGGAUUUGGAGCUGGAAAGGCAGGCCCGCACCAAGGCAGAGAAACACCGCCGUGACCUGGGAGAGGAGCUCGAGGCCCUCAAGACCGAGCUGGAGGACACUCUGGACUCCACUGCAGCCCAGCAGGAGCUGAGGUCCAAACGUGAAACGGAGGUCACACAUCUUAAAAAGACUCUGGAUGAAGAGGCCCGAGUCCACGAGCAGCAGCUGGGUGAGAUGAGACAGAAACACGGCCAGGCCUUCGAUGAGCUCAAUGAGCAGCUGGAGCAGGCAAAGAGGAACAAAGUGUCAAUGGAGAAGGCCAAGCAGGCUAUGGAGUCGGAGAGGAAUGAGCUGGCGAUCGAGAUGCAGACGCUGAUGCAGGGUAAAGGAGAUUCCGAGCAUCGCAGGAAGAAGGCGGAGUCCCAGGUCCAGGAGCUGCUGCUCAAACAUUCCGAGAGCGAGCGGCAGAGGCUGGAGACGGCUGAGAAACUGGCCAAAGUGCAGGCUGAGUUUGAGAAUGUUAACUGCAUGCUGAGCGAGGUGGAGGGCAAAUCCAUCAAAGCAACCAAAGACUGCUCGGCUGUGGAGUCUCAGCUGCAGGACAUCCAGGAAAUACUCCAGGAAGAAACCCGCCAGAAGCUGUCCCAUGGCACACGCAUGCGCCAGCUAGAGGACGAACAGAACAGCCUGAGAGAACAGCUGGAGGAGGAAGAGGCCUCCAAGAAGACCGUGGAGAAGCAGCUGCUGACUGUUCAGGCCCAGCUUGCUGAAAUGAAGAAGCGGGUGGAGCAGGACGCAGGGUGUCUGGAGACGGCUGAGGAGGGAAAGAAGAGGAUGCAAAGGGACAUGGAAUCGAUGAGCCAGCGUCUGGAGGAGAAAUGUGCUGCCUUCGAUAAGAUGGACAAAACCAAGACGCGUGUCCAGCAGGAGCUGGACGACCUGCUUGUGGACCAAGACCACCUCCGACAGAUCGUCUCCAACCUGGAGAAGAAGCAGAAGAAGUUUGACCAGAUGCUGGCAGAGGAGAAGAACAUCUCCGCCCGCUUCGCAGAGGAGCGUGACCGAGCUGAGGCUGAGGCCCGUGAGAAGGAGACCCGGGCGCUGGCAUUAACUCGUGAGCUGGACUCUCUGAUGGACACAAAGGAAGAACUGGACCGCAACAACAAACUGCUGCGUGCUGAAAUGGAGGACCUGGUAUCUUCUAAGGAUGACGUUGGCAAGAGUGUCCACGAACUGGAGAAAUCCAAACGCACCAUGGACCAGCAGCUGGAGGAGAUGAGGACUCAGCUGGAGGAGCUGGAGGACGAGCUGCAGGCCACGGAGGACGCCAAGCUGCGUCUGGAGGUCAACAUGCAGGCCUUGAAGGCCCAGUACGAGAGGGACCUGGCAGGAAGAGAUGAGAUGGGCGAGGAGAAGAAGAGAUCUCUGGUCAAACAGGUGCGAGAGAUGGAGAUGGAGCUGGAGGACGAGCGGAAGCAGCGUUCUGCAGCCGUGGCUUCGCGCAAGAAGCUGGAGCUGGACAUGAAGGAGCUUGAAGGAGGAAUCGACAUGGCCAACAAGAACCGGGACGAAGCCCUGAAGCAGCUGAAGAAACUCCAAGCCCAGAUGAAGGAUCUUAUCCGAGAACUGGAGGACACUCGCAUGUCCCGGGAGGAGAUCCUCGCCCAGAGCAAGGAGACCGAGAAGAAGCUGAAGGGCAUGGAGGCCGACAUGAUCCAGAUGCAGGAGGAGUUGGCCUCAGCAGAGCGAGUGAAAAGACAAGCCCAGCAGGAGAGGGAUGAGCUGCAGGACGAGAUCAACAACCAGGCCACCAAGAAUGCUCAGGUUGUAGAGGAGAGGAGACGGCUGGAGGCUCGUAUCGCUCAGCUGGAGGAGGAGCUGGAGGAGGAGCAGUGCAACACUGAGCUGACCAACGACCGUCUGAAGAAAGCAAUGCUGCAGACUGACCAGAUGAGCGUGGAGCUGACCGCAGAGCGCAGCAGCUCUCAGCGUGUGGAGGGUGCUCGCUCUCAGCUGGAGCGUCAGAACAAGGAGCUGAAACUGAAGCUGCAGGAGCUGGAGGGAACCGUCAAGUCCAAGUACAAGGCCAACAUGGCCGCCCUGGAAGCCAAGAUCGCAGCGCUGGAGGAGCAGCUGGACAUGGAGACUAGGGAGAGACAGGGUGCCACCAAACUUGUGAGACGCACAGAGAAGAAACUGAAGGAGGUCAUCCUGCAGGUGGACGACGAGAGACGCAACACCGAGCAGCACAAGGACCAGGUGGACAAGUUGAACUCUCGUAUGAAGCAGCUGAAGCGCCAGCUAGAGGAGGCUGAGGAGGAGGCGCAGAGAGCCAACGCCAACCGGAGGAAACUGCAGCGGGAGCUGGAGGACGCCUCGGAGUCGGCCGACGUCAUGAACCGUGAAGUCACCACCCUCAGGAGCAAGCUCAGGCGUGGCGACCUCCCCUUCACCGUGCGCCGCACCGUGACCCGCGCCGGCAUCGAGAGCGACGAGGAGAGCGAGCCCAAGACCGAGACGCCCGAACCCAAACCCGAAUGAACCUUCCACUCUGCUUCUUUAGAACUGCAUCGUAAAUAGACAGACCCAAACACCCAUGAGCUUACCUUACUGUACCUGCUGAACAGGGAGGAGCGCACACACACAAUCAUGUGACCGUCUGAUCUCUUUACCGUUGACAAUCUUUGCAUUCUUAACACACAGACGCCGGUUAACUCGGACAAUCACAUGCUGACAAACACAAGUUAUUUUUUUUGGGGCCAAAUUUUUUCUUUUUGCUUCCUUUUUCAUUUUCUGGGGAAAAAACAAAAAAAGAAAAGAGAUAUUUUUAUAAGGAAACAUUCCAGUUGUAAUAGUCCUGAUUACGGAUCUAUUUUUCUAAUUGAAGAAAGAGAAAACAAAGAAGUAUACAUGAUGAAGACCGAUUACUGGAAGGGGACCAAAGUAAUAUCUCGAACUAUAGAGUUGUAUUUUAUGCAGAAGUUUUUAUAAUGGUUAAGAAUGGAAGUGCUUCAUGUUUAUUACGCUCGCGCUCUCGCCUCAGUUUAUAAUGAAGGUUUAUAUGCUGAAAUGUAUUCUAUCAAUUUAGCUGCAGUUAGCACUUGAGACUACGCUUUGGGCUUAAUAAUUUGAUUCUUACAUUUCAUGUGGAAAAUGAAAUUUUGAGGCUGAUUUCGGGCAAUAAUUAGAAACUCAUUGACGUUAAAGUGAAGGCAUUUGAUUGUGACUGUGCUGAAAUAUCUUUAAUUUUGCACUGACAUGGAGAAAAAAAACAAAAACACUUUAGCCUCGACAUCAGAAACCACUUUGUGUGCUUGAUUGAAACGGUGACGGAGAAGGAAAGACUGUGCACGUGCUCGUGCACACUCUGCCAACACACACUAAAGCCUUAAAAGCAGCAGAACUUCUACUGGGCGCGGUUGUUGGCUUCUAUCUGGACAAGCUUUGAUUUUUAUGUUUAUCACUAUCAGUGUUUUCGUUAAUGUUCAGGGUUCAGUUUAAUUGGGUGGUGGGGUAGUAAAGUACUCGCAGCACACAAUGUAUACUCAGGGCACAGCUUUUCGAGGGGGGGGGGGGCAGAUUCGGGAUGUAGGCGUGUACUUUGUUACUCGAGUCCAUGUACACUUUACUCUGCCUGGCCGGUGGAUCGUGAGACCCCCCCACAGCUCGUGCCCCGGGGGCUUUUGGCUCACACUGCUGGGAAGUGAGAGGAACCUGUUGCUGCAGAGCAACGGUUCACGGAUCAAAGGAUCAAAGGAUCACAUCUUUCGCACUUAAACACAAAGAACAUCUUGACAAAAAACUGCAUCUUCUCAAUUAUGUUGUAACGUUGGUCUGACCGCUCCUCUGAAAUGGAAAACAUGUGAAAUGUUGGUAUUAUUGCAAUUAAAGAGGCUUUCUAAACUGC